AAAAACGGGGAAGAGGUGCCGAUGAAGAAAGUUGGUGACAAGUUGAUAUUGUGCCGUAAAUCCUGAUGACUACCGCAAGAUCUCCUGCUGCACAACCGCCAAGGAGAUGUGGGAUAAGCUCGAGGUGACGUACGAAGGAACGGACCAAGUACGUGAAGCCAAGAUCGACUUCCUCACCCAAGAGUAUGAGAUGUUCAGGAUGAAGGAGCACGAGAAGAUUGACGACAUGUUCGACCGAUUUUCCAAAAUAGUCAACGAUCUUCAUGCAUUAAAGAAGACUUACACCGACAAGGAUCUUGUGCGAAAGAUCCUACGGAGCUUGACAUCCGAAUGGCGAUCCAAGGCCGAUGCCAUCUAUGAAUCAAUCGGCACAUCAAAUGUCACCAUCGACGGUCUAAGAGGUAAUCUAAAAACCUAUGAAUCUACUAUUCUUAACCCGUCUUUGAAUGACCAAAGGAAAGGGAUAGCAUUAAAAGCCGUCAAAGAAUCAACGAUGGAUGAUUCAAGCGACGAUGAUGAAGUCAAGCUUGUCAUGAAGAAGUUUUGUAAACUUCUACGGAAGAAAGAAAAGAUUCACUCCUCAGCUUUUGCUGAGCGUGUAGUUGUUUUUGCUAGACGCAGGUAGACAUGACGGUACAGGUGCCAACCCUGGAGGACAGUGAUGAUGGGAAGAUGGGCGGCGCACGGACGAGUUUAUUAAUUAUAAUCAUUUGAAUUAAUUAAUCAUUUGGGCAUGAACCCACCAUAUGUCGUUUUACUUAUUUUGGACUUAUUUAUUUACUUCCGCUUUUACUCUGCAUUUAUAUCACACACGUUUUGGGGGUAACUCCCUAGCAUUUAUUUUACCAAUUAAACGUAACCAUUUUCACAAUAAAUAGUCAUUAAUGUU